AUGGAGGGCGACCUCGCGGCGCUGCUACUGCUACGACUACUGUUGCUGCUACUGCUGCUGCUGCUACCACGCGGCCUGCCCUCUGCCUCGACGGCGGGCGGCGGGUGCUGCAUGCGUGGCGAUGCGGCGUGGAGGGACGGAAUCGCAAAGUGUCGUGGACGUGCGCCGUCGAUGUGGACAUGCCCUCUGACAGCCGGAGCUACGAGAGCUGCGUGCGGCGAGGAGAGGAAGUCGAGUCGAGUGGAGUGGAGUGGAAGCGAAGGAAAGUCGACGUCAGUUGAUGGAUUCUCCAGCAGCAGCGCAAGAGCAAGCGCAAACGACAGCCCCACGCCCCUUCGGCGUCGGCGUCGCUUCCACAUUCACUGCCAAUCUGGCCGGUCGGUCAACGAGGGUGACGACGGAGGCGACGGCGACGGCAAUGAGGGCGGGCGGCGGGAUAGCGGCUUGCAAGUGGCACGAGGGCGAGAGAUGGCCGCCCUAUGCCGAGCCAUUGGACCGCCCUUUCCCCCGUCCGCCGAGCCCUUCCCCCCCGUCCGCACUCGAAAGCCUCAUCCGCCGCCGGACAUUACCUGCUACUCACUUGUGGGCCAAGGUGGCGAUGCUGAUGAUGACGUCGCAGAGGGCGAGGAGCAGAACGUUGCGUCAGGAAAAGUGACCACGUGUGACGGAUCGGCGAAGCGUGAGGAUGAGGAGGAACAGAGAUGCGUCGACGAGGUUGGUAGCAAGCAGAAACGUCGCCGUCGUCGUCCACGUCCACGACGUAGGCUCGCGAACUGGGCUGCGAACAGCUGGUCCUAG